AUGGAUGAUGAUGUGGUCAUCCCUAGUCCCCCUCCUUCCCCUUUCCUGGUCCCUCCUCCUGCACCCAUGGGGAGUGACUAUUCUCCAGCUUCCCCCCCAAUCGACUUGUAUGAGGUGGAUGCCAGAUGUCCCACACUGGAAAUGUCAACUCCAGAGUGUCAAGCAGUGUGGGAGGCAGAGCUGGCUCAUUCUCCCACUCCUCCUCCUACAGCUGAUGAGGUCAUCGACUCUGUCUUGGAUGCCCAUUGUCUGGGCACACCUGUCUACCAGCUGGAGGUCCAGCCUUUGACCCCUCCUCCUCGCUGGGUAGAGCAUCGAACUCCUCCCCUUCCUCCUCCUGACCAACACCUUCUGACAAAUGGAGAAAUCGCCAGAUGGUCUGAGAGGUUCUUUGUUGCUGAGUUCAUGGCUCAGAUCACUGACAGUUGUUUUGCUUCAGCCUUCACCAACCCAUUUGGUGAAUGCAACAGGAUUCCUUGCACCUGUACCCACUGCUACCUAGCUGGCUUGGGUCAUUGCAAGCAUAUGAUUCCAGCUUAUCUGGGCAUGGAGUACCCUGGAGACGGGACUCCCAAUAUGCAGCCACAGGGUUCACAUCAGGCUGAGCAAGCUCACCUGACCAUGACCAAUGGUGAUGGGCCUGGUCUUGCACUCCAGGUCUAUGUUGAGCACCAUGAUAGGUUAUACUCUGAGUGCCAGCCUCAUGAGUCUGUGGCAGAGUCUGGUGGUCCUCUGGACCCCAUUGACUCAUGGGUGGAGCCCACAGUCAAGGAGCAGUGGACUCGUGCCACUCUUGCUGCUCCUUCUGUCCCUUCUGGCUAUGUCGACAUGUAG